UAUAAUAUCUUCGCUUUUAUUUUUGUGUAAAUUUGUUCUACCGUAUUGGCUUAUAAAUUUGUGGAAAUAUUUUGGAAAAUAAUAAUAAUUAAUUGUAUUGUAAAAAAAAUUAUUUAAAACGAAGGCACAAUUUAAAAUGACCAUGGGUGAAACGCCAACAGCUACACUUGUAUUACCAAUUAUCUUGAGGCCUAUAUUUGCCCAGUUGGAACGGCGUGAUGUAGGCGCUGCCCAAUCAUUACGAUCAGCUAUUCUAAAAUCUGAGCAAACCAAUCCUGGAUUUUGUUAUGACUUAGUGGCAGCAAUCAUACGUCGUGCUGAAAUAAAUGUGAAUAUAAAUGAAGCAGUGCUACGCCUGCAAGGAAAUAUUUCAGAAGUUGAUUUGAGUGAAUAUCGCUUAGCACGUACUGAAGAACCAUUCCAGGAGUUAAAUCGCAAAUCUAUUGCGCUUAAAGUUAUACUUAGUCGUAUACCUGAUGAAAUUACUGAUCGAAAAACAUUCUUGGAGACAAUCAAAGAAAUUGCUAGUGCAAUAAAAAAGCUUUUAGAUGUCGUAAAUGAAAUUGGAUCUUUCAUACCUGGAGUAACUUCAAAACAAGCUGUAGAGCAGCGAAAGAAAGAAUUUGUUAAAUAUUCAAAAAAGUUUAGCACCACAUUAAAGGAGUAUUUCAAAGAAGGACAGUCAAAUGCGGUUUUUGUAAGUGCACUUUAUUUAAUACGGCAAACGAACCAAAUCAUGCUGACUGUCAAGAGUAAAUGCGAGUAGAAUAUGUAAUAUACUUUAUAAAUUAGUAAAUUCAUAUAAUUUCCAUAUUUAAAAGUCUAAAUUUAUUCAAUAAUAAUUUGAAGACAAAUUUUUUUAGUAAAACGAAAUUAAACGGUCGGCGUUAUACAAAAUGAUUUAAUUAAAUAAAA